GUUGCCUUUGUCACUUCCGGUUGCGGCUCGGCGGUACCGCUAUCGUUGCUGGUCUGUCCGCCGCGGUGCCGGUAGGAUCGGUGAGGGAAUUCGUUGCUGUCCUAUCCUUCCAGUUCUCCAAGGCUGGCGGUAAAACGGGACCCUUCCAUUCAGGUGCAUGCUGUACCUCUGAAGUGCAUCAUCUCUCGUUUAUCAGGAUUAACGUCCGUUUCCAGCCAUUUCUCAACCCUCAAUGGCUCUCUCCAUAAGGUGCCAGGCACCUCACCAAAUGAGAAUCUGACUCAGUUAUUCCCGAGGUUAAUUUUGUGUCUUCCAGUUCACACUUUGUAAGGUAAUGCAGCUGAUGUGCGGCAACUUCACUGGAAUGUAACACUGAGCAUUUGAAGCUUUCUGCCUUCUGGAAGUCAGGAGAGCACAAGAAUCCUGUGAACAUGGAUGAGAAAGAGACGUUAAUUUUUAGCACUGAAAGCAGAGGUGGUAAAGAAAAGGAAGGUAAUGAGAGGAGACCGAUCUCGAGUCGGGAAAAACUGCGAGAUGAUCUGAAAACCAGCAGGAGGGAAGGAAUGAAGACCACCGAGGAGAAAAAGAAGAGGCAGGAAGAUGAGAAACGCAAAAAGGAAGAUGAAAAACGCAAGAAGAAAGAAGAAGAGAAGUUAAAAGCAGAGGAAGAACAGAAGAAGAGGGAAGAGGAAGAAAAGAAGAAAGUCGAAGAGGAGGAAAGGAAGAAGCAGGAGGAGGAGGAGAAGAGGCAGCGAGAAGAAGAAGCAACGAAACAGAGAGAAAAAGAAGAAGCUUAUCAGUUGCACCAAGAGGCCUGGGAGCGUCAUCAAACCCGACUAGACCUCCGCAGUAAGAACCAGAAUGCACAUGAGAGCCGGCCAGAGGAGAGUUUCUUCACUCGCUUAGAUUCCAGCCUGAAGAAGAACACUGCCUUUGUCAAGAAGCUCCGAACCAUCACGGAGCAGCAGAGGGACUCCCUCUCCAGUGAUUUCAACGUCCUCAACCUGAGCAAGUACAUAGCUGAAGCUGUUGCCUCUGUUGUGGAAGCCAAGCUGAAACUUUCCGAUGUGAACUGUGCCGUUCACCUUUGCUGCCUGUUCCACCAGCGAUACGCUGACUUCUCCCCGCUGCUUCUGCAAGGCUGGCGGAAGCACUUUGAGGCGCGGAAGGAGGAGAAGACUCCAAACAUCAGCAAGUUGAGAACAGAUAUGCGCUUCAUUGCGGAACUGACCAUUUGUGGGAUUUUCACUGACAAAGAAGGCUUGUCGCUCAUUUACGAGCAGCUAAAGAAUAUCAUUUAUUCGGAUCGGGACACCCACUCGCACGUGUCUGUGAUCAUCAGCUUCUGCCGACACUGUGGAGACGAUGUUGCCAACCUGGUGACCAGAAAGAUGAAGCUUGCCUCAGAGAAGUACAACCUUAGCUUCCCUCCCAGUGAGAUCAUUAGCACUGAGAAGCAGCAGCCCUUCAUGAACCUGCUGAGGGAGUAUUUCACCUCACUUACUAAACACCUAAAGAAGGACCACCGGGAGUUGCAGAACCUGGAGAGGCAGAACAGGCGCAUCUUGCAUUCAAAAGGAGAGCUGAGUGAAGACCGUCACAAGCAGUACGAGGAAUUUGCCACCUCCUACCAGAAGCUGUUAGCAAACACCCAGAGUCUGGCUGAUUUACUGGAUGAGAACAUGCCUGAGCUUCCCCAAGAUAAAUCUGCACAGGAAGAACACGGCACUGGCAUUGACAUCUUCACACCUGGGAAGCCUGGAGAGUAUGACCUCGAUGGAGGGAUUUGGGAGGACGAAGAUGCACGCAAUUUUUAUGAAAACCUAAUUGACCUGAAAGCAUUUGUGCCUGCCAUAUUAUUCAAAGAUAAUGACAAGAAUUCACAGAAUAAAGAUGGAAACAAAGAAGAUUCAAAAGAUUCCAAAGACGGGAAAGAGUCCAGGGACGGAAAAGAUGCCAAAGAGUUGAUUGGUACGGAAGAGCUGGAGCUGGAACUGGAGAAUUUGGAUAUUAAUGAUGACAUCAUAGGGGAAGAAGAAGUAACUGAUGAAACGGAAGACCUCAGCCAAAAGCUUCUUGAGGAACACGAGCAAGAUGAAGAGGAAGCCAGCACAGGGUCGCAUCUGAAAUUGAUUGUGGAUGCUUUCCUGCAACAGCUCCCCAACUGUGUCAACCGUGACCUGAUUGACAAGGCCGCAAUGGAUUUCUGCAUGAACAUGAACACAAAAGCGAAUCGGAGGAAAUUGGUCCGAGCACUGUUCACUGUACCCAGACAGAGAUUAGAUCUGCUUCCAUUUUAUGCCCGUCUGGUUGGUACUCUACAUCCGUGCAUGGGGGAUGUGGCAGAAGAUCUCUGUGCCAUGUUAAAAGGGGAUUUCCGAUUCCAUGUCCGGAAGAAGGAUCAGAUCAAUAUUGAAACUAAGAACAAGACAGUGCGGUUCAUUGGGGAACUAACAAAGUUUAAAAUGUUCUCUAAGAAUGAUACCCUUCAUUGUUUAAAGAUGCUUUUGGCUGACUUUUCUCAUCACCAUAUUGAAAUGGCCUGCACGCUUCUGGAAACUGCCGGUCGUUUUCUGUUCCGAUCACCCGAAUCCCAUUUGCGGACCAGUGUUCUUUUGGAGCAAAUGAUGCGUAAGAAACAGGCAAUGCACUUGGAUGCUCGUUACGUUACCAUGGUGGAAAAUGCAUAUUACUACUGUAAUCCUCCUCCAGUUGAGAAAAUGGUGCGAAAGAAGCGCCCUCCCCUUCAGGAAUAUAUCCGUAAACUUCUCUACAAAGACUUGUCCAAGGUCACAACAGAAAAGGUGUUGAGACAGAUGAGAAAAUUGGCAUGGCAUGAUCUGGAGGUGAAGGAAUAUGUUAUUAACUGCAUGAUCAACAUCUGGAAUGUGAAGUAUAACAGCAUUCACUGUGUCGCAAAUCUGUUGGCUGGAUUGGUGCCAUACCAGGAAGAUGUUGGAAUACAUGUUGUCGAUGGAGUACUGGAAGAUAUUCGUCUUGGAAUGGAGGUCAACCAGCCCAAGUUCAACCAAAGGCGAAUCAGCAGUGUUAAGUUCCUUGGAGAGUUGUACAAUUAUAGAAUGGUGGAAUCUGCAGUCAUUUUCCGAAUUCUGUAUUCCUUCAUUACAUUUGGUAUAAGUACAGAUGGCAGCGCCACCCCACUGGACCCCCCGGAGCAUUUAUUCCGAAUCCGACUGGUCUGCACUUUGCUGGACACCUGCGGGCAAUACUUCGACAGGGGCUCAAGCAAGCGAAAGCUGGACUGUUUCCUUGUAUAUUUUCAGCGUUAUAUCUGGUGGAAGAAGAGUUUGGAUGUGUGGACGAAAGAUCAUCCUUUCCCUAUUGAUGUGGACUACAUGAUCAGUGACAUCCUUGAACUGCUUCGGCCAAAGAUGAAGUUCUGUGCUUCUCUUGAAGAGGCAAUCAAGCAAGUACAGGAACUCGAACGUGAAUUCCUGAUUAAACUAGGGCUUGUUAUUGAUGGGAAAGAUUCCAAGUCCGAUAAGCUGUCUGGUCUGGGUGAAGGAGAAGAAAAUCAGGAUGAUGAUGAGGAUGAUGAGGAGGAAGAGGGUGGAGCAGAAACGGAGGAACAGUCUGGAAAUGAAAGUGAAAUGAACGAACAUGAAGAGGAGGAUGCUUCUGAGAAUGAGGAAGAUGAUGAAGAGGAGGAGGAAAAUACAGACUACCUGACUGACUCUAAUAAAGAGAAUGAGACUGAUGAGGAUAACAAUGAGGUAAUGAUCAAGGGUGGAGGCCUGAAGCACCUUCCUUGUGCAGAAGAUGAAGAAUUCAUACAGGCUUUGGAUAAAAUGAUGCUUGAGAAUCUGCAGCAACGAACUGGUGAGUCAGUCAAAGUUCACCAAUUAGAUGUGGCAAUUCCACUCCAGCUGAAGAGCCAAUUGAAAAAAGGACCCCCUCCCCAGGGAGGGGGAGAAGGGGACUCUGAAAACUCGGAAACCAUGCAGUUUGUAAUGCUUACCAGAAGGGGCAACAAACAACAGUUUAAGAUACUGAAUGUGCCGAUGAAUUCGCAACUUGCUGCCAAUCACUGGAGUCAGCAGCAGGCAGAGCAGGAGGAACGAAUGCGCAUGAAGAAGUUGACCCUUGAUAUUAAUGAGCGUCAGGAACAGGAAGACUACCAGGAGAUGUUGCAGUCCCUGGCACAGCGACCGGCCCCUGCAAACACCAAUCGGGAGCGGCGGCCUCGAUACCAGCACCCCAAAGGAGCACCGAAUGCCGAUCUGAUCUUCAAGACUGGGGGGAGGCGACGUUGAUGUUAGUGACAGGUGGCACUUUGACUUGCCCUCAUUGUCUCUGAUAUCAAAGGUAUCUGAGUCCUCCCAUCGAGAGCAGUGGACACACCUCACCAUGGCUGUCUAGAGAUCAACACGUGCCUGGUACGAGCCAGGCCUUGAGCAGACAUUGCCGCCUCCGACUAUAGCGCAGAGUGGCUGGCAGGCUAAACAAAACAAGAAUUGAUAAUGCGUCUACGGGAGCACUCCUCAGUGUUAAUUCUUAUACACCUUUGGCACCUUUUUUUUUAGAAUGAGAGUGGAGAUUGUGAGGUGGCCUAUGUCAGUAAGUAGUAAAAACAGCAAAAACAAUCCAUUUAAUUAAGAAUGGGACUAAUUUCUCAAGUCAAAAAUGUUUUGACUUUGUUCAUCCAAAUCUUACGAAUCUAAUUUUUGUGUGAUUGUUAACAUUCUUCAAGACAUUGAAAUCCGAUUUAAAACUGGCCAAAGAAAGAGAGGAGUUUAUUCUUGGUGUUGAAUAGAGUGCAAAUCGAUAAAAUAAAGGCCAGCAGCAAUCUUUUUCCGAAGUGGGAGGGUGGGGUUAAGGUAACACAUACCAGGAGAAUUAAAUUGUUUGGAAGUUUUAGUGUGAGCUUGGCUGUACCUCUGGAUUAUGAGGUAACAAUAACUGAGCUGAAGUGCCCAGAUUCUCUCUCCUUCUGGGCUCUUUCCAACUUCUAAACAUUAAGUCAUUUUUGUGCCCGCUUAGGUUUGAGUUUUAAAGGUUUUUUUAAAAAAUUAAAAUCCCAGACUUGCAGAACGCCAAGUGCAUCUUAACAGUUGCUAUAAGCCAGAACACUUGGCAGCGGAAAACUGUUGUUAGAGGGCAAGGGAAAUGACUACUUCUGGUUUUGCAUUCAGUCAUUCAAUUAAAACUUUUUUUUUGUCUCCUUUGCCAGUUUUCUGGCAACACAGAUGAAGUAAAUGAAGGCUUACUGGGUUCUGGAAUUUCUUGCACCAAAAUUGUGAUUUUGGUUGUUAGCACGUGCAGCAUUGUCAGCGAAAACCAUUUGCUUAAAUGUGUUAUUGAAGGUGUGGAUAUGUGCAUCAUACAUAAAUGUCAUUCUUUUAGCAAAUUACUUGCGAUAAUUCUGUCAUUUCCAUCUAAAGCACAUCAUUGUUUGUUUCUUCUGUCCGAGGUACCUGCUUGUACAAUUCUUUGCAGAAGCUAAGUGUAGAAGUGUAUGUUUUGGCUUGACAAGACUGCAUGGUCUAAUUCAUAAGUUGCUACACCUUUUUGGCUGUUGCCAUUCUUGCAGUAAAAAAACAAAGUUGUUGACCUCAUUGAGUUUCUGCUCAGACUCUUUGUGCGCAUGUGCACUCUAAAUAUUUAAGAACACAACCAGGAGAAUGAAAAAUCAUUAUUAACAAACCAGGAGACUGAAAAGUUACCGUAAAUUCUCAAAUCCUGGAGAAAAUUUUAGUCUGAUCUUCAUCCUGAAUUGUCCUCAAUUAUCAAUAAAGGCUUCAUAGUCUGGGUGGAUCUGAUUUGUAUCCCCCUCUAAGUAAAAUAGCUCACACUUGGAAUGCACGCAAGUCAUCUGUUUAAUGCUGACGCCAGGUCUUCACUGCUUGACAGUUUACAGCAGAGUGAAGGUUAGCACUAAUGUAAAGCUCCGACCGUGAAAAACUACGAUGAAGGAUUUGUUCAAGACUAAGGUCAGUACGGAUCUUUCUCCUUGAAACAUGGGCUUCAGAGAGUCUCAGGAGCCUGUGGAACCACACACAUUCUAAACCCAUGGGUGUGAAAUAAAUUACCAGAGAAUUUAUCAGUGAGAUUGAACAUAGAACAGUGCAGGCCCUUCAGCCCAUGAUUUUGUGCUGAUCUUUUAUCCUACUCCAAGAUCAAGCUAACCCUUCCCUCCCACAUGGUCCUUUGUUUUUCUGAGGAUGCUUAUUCUUGGAAAACAGCCUAUUCCAGGCCAGUUAAGAAAGAACCCCAUGGUGGAUCUGGAGUCACAUACAUAGAAUAGUGCAAUGCAGUACAGGCCCUUCACCCCACGAUGUUGUGCCAGCCUUUUAACCUACUCUGACAUCAAUCCAAUCCUUCCCUCCCACUUGGCCCUCCAUCCAUGUGCCUUUCAAAGAGUUUCUAAUAUAUCAGCCACCACCACUCUGUAUAUUAAAAUAAAACUACUUCUAACAUCUCCCCAGUACUUUCCUCCAAUCACCAAAUGAUUCCCUUUAAGAGAAUAGUUUCUUAAAUCAGCCUGUAGUGGAAGGCAGACAAAUGUUUAAGAUCAUAUGAAAUUAAGUAGAUAUUACGGGAACUAUGUGUCUGUCCAAGAGUCUCUUAAAUGCCUCUUAAUUUAUCUGCCUGUACACACUGCCAGGGGUGGUGGUACAGGGAGAUAUAUUAGAGGCUUAAAAAAAACCUUAUACUUUAUUCCAAACACCUUAAAAUUAUGCCCUCUGGUAUUAUCCAUGUCUGCCCUGGGAAAGAAAUGCUGGCUGCCCAUGCUAUCAGUUGCACACUAAUAUUUCACUUAUGGAACCAAAUUCUGCCCACACAAUGGGGAUGAAAGUCUCCUUUGUCAGUCCUUGGCUCACCUAAAUUCUGUGUAUGGAAAACCUUCAAUUAUGUUGAAGUCUGUCCAAACCAAGUAACCAAGAGAGAGUCAGACAGGUGAAGUUGAGUUGUUACAUUCAGCAUCACAUUUAUUAUCACUGACAUUAGUCGUGGAAUUUGUUGUUUAGUGGUAGCAGUAUAGUGAAAGGCAGGGGAAAAAAUUACUGCAAGUUACAGUGGUAAAUAAAUAGUGCAAAAGAUGAAAAGCGAGGUAGUGUUUAUAGGUUCAUGGAUACAGAGUGCAAGCAUUUUGACUCCCAUUAUACACAACCUAAAGUGCAAGCUGGCAAUGGUGUAGGACCUGCGAUCCUCGAAAAUCAGAGGAGUGUUACAGGAGUACUGCGGUUACAUCUUUCUUCUGGGAUGUUUCUUCCUAUGUUCCUAUCUAAAAUCAAAUCUGUCUGCAGUUAUCAUCAAAGGUCCAUUAAAUGAACCAGCCAUCAACAGUACUGCUGGCCUUGACUUGAGUUUCCAAUAGCUGAAUAUGCUAGAUAAAGUUUGUGAAAUUCUAGUUUUGCGUCACACAAGCCCAGCUUUUAUCACUGAGGUAACCAGCACUUCACAAGCAAAGUAAAUUUCUCGGUUGGGACUUGGAGAUUUGAUAUCUGUGCGUUUGAGUUUUGAACUCACACUGUGAUGAAUGUGAGGCACACGGAGCUGUGUGGUGAACAGGCCAAGCUGGUACAAAAUGGUGGCAGAGUGGUAUAGCUACGAAACCUGUUUCUUCAGCUCUCAUGACCCAGGUUUGCUCCUGCCCUCUGGAAUCCUGUACACAUUCUCUCUGCAAUCCCGGAUUCCUCCCACAUCCCAAAGACGUGCUGGUCGGUUCGCUGGUUACUGUAAAUUGUCCCUAGUAUAUAAAUGAGUGGUGGGAUCUGGGGCUGAGGGAGUGUGGGCAGAAUAAAAUAGAAUUGGUAAGGGGUUGGUGGAAAUUGAUCGGUGGUGCAGAUUCAUGAGUCUGUUUCUAUGCCUAAUGACAGAAGAAAGAUCAUCCUGUUUAAUGAUUUCAUAAAGUGGAUUUCAACUUGUUAGUUGGAAAUACCAACUGAUUUGAAUAAGGAACGGUUGUUGCAGGAUAUGUCAUCCGAAGGGAUCAGGUUAAUGUAUGAGGAGCUUUGGGUGGCACUGGGCCUGUACUCACUGGAAUUUAGAAGAAUGGGGGGUGGGGUAGGGUGGAUCUCAUUGAAAGCUGUCAAAUAAUGAAAGGCCUAGAUAGAAGGAAUGUGGAGAGGAUGUUUCCCAUCAUGAUGGAGACUCCAGAAUACAAGGACAUCCCUUUAUACAAACGUAGAUGAGGAGGCAUUUCUUUAGCCAAAGGAUGAUUAACCUGUGGAAUUAAUUGCCACAGAUGACUGAGGAAGCUAAGUCAUUAUUUUUGUUUAAAGUGGAGGUCAAUAGGUUCUUGAUUAGUAAAGACAUCAAAGGUUAUCGGGAGAAGGUAGGAGAACAGGGUUGAGAGGGAUAAUAAAUGGAAUAUUUCAGAACAGACUCGAUGGGCUGAAUGGCCUAAUUCUCCUCCUAUGUCUUAUGGUUUUUAUGGUUCUUGGGCCAGGAACUUGGUAUGUCACGCUGAUUUAGAGUGGAAAGGUUUUUGUCUUAUCUACAUAUUAUAUACUCCUGCCUGAAUGGUGUCUGUGGCUUGUAAAUAAUUUAAUACUCUCAUUUACUCAGCCAGUGAUUCUUGACCUGCUAGCUGAUAAAUUUCUGUGGUCUGUGUGGAACUCACUCCACCUCCUGGUUCUGUCCACUCACUCCACACCCACAUGUUUUUCCCCUGCCCUUAUCAGUGUGAAGCACUGGUAGUCCUUUGCGUUCCUGCUCAUCUCCCUCCAGUAGCUGUCUCCAGCUCCACACCUUGCUCCUUCUCCUCCUCACCUCGUUCUAUCUACCUCUCAUUUCUCUUGUGCCUUCAUCUAUCACUCACCUGCCACUGUCUUCCAACUCCAACCCCUCUCCGCUCCCCUACCUGCCCAUCAUCUUACACCCCUCCUUGAUUAACCAAUCACUCUUGCUUCCUGUCUAACCCCUCCCCUUCCCCUUUUUGUGAUAGCCAUACCUCCUCUCCACUUUCAGUCAUGAUGCAGGGUUUCAACCUGAAACAUUAACAGUUCCUCCAACAGAUUGUUUGUUGCUCCAGAUUCCAGCAUCUACAGCCUCUUGUGUCUCCAAAAACAGUUUUAAACGGAUGCACGAAGAUGUGUGGAUGCAGAUAAGACACUGAACCACAAGUGUGACCAAUCACUUGAGAUCUACUGUUCCCUCUGCAGGGAUUCCCCCCCCCCCCCCAAAUUUCACUGGUCAAUAUCCUGCUGUUGCCCACCAUCUGCUGAAAGGUGCUGUGUUUGGGUGCCGGGUAGGUACUGGUUUCUUUAAGCUGUCAUACUGCUCGAAACACCUUCCUGGCACCCGAGGCUGCUGUUAGGUUGUGGUAAAGGCUCAUUGCAGCCCAUAGUACAGGAAUAUGAACUGGCAGGGAUGGAAGAGGAAAAAAAUCUGCUUUGACUAUCCAAUAGGAAAGGAUUUGGGUGGAUAAGUCUGGUAAUUCUUCAUAGUCAUUCAUUUCAUCCCUCAUGUGGAAGCUGCAAAUGCUCUUCAGAUGUAAUUGGCUGUGAAUUAGUUUGAAGUUAUGAAAGGUCCUACAUUAAUCUAGUCUUUAACUGAAUAAAAUUGACUCACUCCCUUUCCUAUUUUGUAAAAAUUUUUGGCUGCAUAUUUUAAAUUACUGAAGUUCAAAAGCACAAAGCAUGUAUAAAAUAUUUGAGCUGUAGUUUAUUCGGGGUUAGGCUUGAUGUGCCCUCCCUCCAGCAUUCUGCAACUUGUUUUAAAAACGUUGACAGUCAUCAUUUUAAAAUCCUGAAUGACAAUUGCAGCAGGUUACUGCUGAGUUUGUGCAUCUGGCCGUGUUUAAGUUUGACACUGCUUGCCAUAGUCCCAUGUUCCCGGUUUAAAUUCCGCACUGGAAACUUGUUCACGACGCUCGAGGCCGGUUCAGGCUGCUACUUAUUGCAUGCAUGGUAAGUUUGCAGGUGACAUGAAAACAGGUACUAUGGUGGGCAGUGAAGAAGGUUCUCGAAAAUCAAGGGAAACUUUGUUUAGCUGUGUGAGAGAGCCAAGGAAUAAUUUGAAUAAUGGUGAGGUGUUGCAUUUUGUAAAGUCAAACCAAGGUAGGACUUUCAGAGUAAAUGGAAGGGCCUUGAGUGCUGGGGAACAGAGGGACCCUGGUAUACAAGUACAUGGUUCACUGAAAAUAAAGUCACGGGUAGACAGGCCCGCGAUGAAAGCUUUUGCCAUGCCUUUAUCAGUCAGGGCUUUGAGUAUUAAGGUGGCGCAGGGCACUGGUGAGGCUGCAUUUGCUGUAUUGUGUUCAUUUCUGGUCACCCUGCUAUAAGAAAUGUGCUACUAAACUGGAAAGUCUGCAGAAAAGAUUUACAAGAUGUUGCCUGUACUUGAGAGACUGAGUGGUUGGAUAGGCUAGGAAUUUAUCCUGUGGAGUGUAGGAGACUAAUUAGUGAUCUUGUAGAGGUGAAUAAAAUUAUUAAGAGCCAGUGUGCACAGUUUCUUUCCCAGGGCUGUGGAAUCAAGAACCAGAGGAAAUGGGUUUAAGGUGAGAGGGAAAAGAUUUAAUAGGAAUUCGAGGGGCAAUUUUUUUUAAAUACACUGAAAAUGAUAUCCCGAAUGAGCUGCCAGAGAAACUAAUAACUUAAAAAAAAAGACUUUCGGGCAGAAUUCCACCGAUUCACCACCCUCUGGAUAAAUGGGUCAAAUACUGGCAAGUGAGACUGGCUCAAAUAGCGCAACUUGGUCAGGCUGGACCAUUUGGGCUGAAGGACCUACUUCGACAAAGGCGGCGGCCACUUGGCGAAUCAGGUUCAUGCCUUCUCUCAGCAGGUCAUUCCCCUCAUUGCUGUCUGGCACUGUGUCACCUACCCUCUCAGCUGUCCUCCAAUUGCCUUUUGAGCCUUAUAACAUCCACCUACACGAGGGUUCAUUUACUGCAUCGGAUCAUCUGCCAGCGCUGGUUUGGGAUGCGGAAGGAGGAAUCGGAGGGGGAGUACACACACGUACACACACACACAUCUAAGGAACAUCCAGCCAGUCACUUGGAUCACCAAGGCACUAGAAGACUGGAUCAGAUGCAGGUAAGUGAUCAAGGAUUAACUUUAUUUGCCAUGUACAGUACAUGUAUUGGGAAUUUGCUGAUGCAACAUGCAACAAAAAAAUACAUUCAACAAUUAUAAAUAAAAAAUUAUGUAAAAGUUAGUGUGGAUAUGGAAUAAAAUGUGCAUAAAUAUCAACAUAUAUUUACAAAGUAAACAGUAUUAUAAAAAGUGUUUAAUGCCAGUCACUGCAUACACAAUAGCGUGACUGAUGGUGAUAUCCUAAAUAUUGCAGGGAAUAAAAACAUUCAAAAUCAAUGUUUCAAAAUACCUUAAUGAACUUUUAACAGAAAAUUCACAAGGUUCCCAUUGGAGUCAUGGGAAAGUUACUUGGACUGCAGGGUUCUGUUGAUUUGUGUCAGAAAAGCCAAACUAAAUCCACGGUGAUUCAGUGUUGUAAAACAACGCAUGAAAGCUUUCAAGGUGAAUACUUUUUAUAGACACUAUGAUUUUGUUUUGUAAAUUUGAUUGUAUUUCCUUACUUUUCCUGUAAAUGUCAGCAAGAAAAUUAAUCUCAGGAAGAUCAAGGAUGAACUUUAUUCACAUUUUCCAUUUACUGUAUUACAAAUUUGCUGUGGUGUGUUGGUCAGGACACAGCAUACUGUGCAACAAAAAACACCAACAUUCAACAAUUAUAAAAGUCAUUAUAUAUAAAAUAAGGGAAAAGUUGAUAUAGAGAUUAUACAAUAAAAUGUGUAUAAAUACAAGCAUGUAUUUACAAUAUAAACAGCAUUGUAGUUGGUAGUACGAUCACUCGAGUCAAGUAUGGUGUUCUCCUCAGGGGUUUCUGGGGUGUUAGGAUGGAUUCCCUUAAUGGAGAAUGCCUGUGUUGAAUUUGUUUAACGUGGGGAGGCUGAUGCACAGGCAGUCGCCACAUGGUCCUUGACAGAUUGGAGCAGGGUCCAGUGGCAUUGAAAGCAAGACAAGUGGGGAUCCUUCCCUGCUGCAACCUUCCUCUGCUUUCAUUGACCUUGUUAUUUAUACUUAGAGGUGCAGAGUGGAAUAGGCCCUUCGAGCCACACCACCCAGCAACCCCCUUACAACCCCGAUUUAACCCUGACUCAAUCACAGGACAAUCAAUUUACAAUGACUGAUUCACCUACCCACUAUGUCUUUGGAUUGUGAGAGGAAACUGAAGGACCUAGAGAAAAUGCAUGCAUCCCAGGGGCAGGAUGUACAGAUUCCUUCCAGAGAAGGCCAGAAUCGAACUCUGAACUCCAAAGGCCCAAGCUGCAAUAGUGUCACGUUAACCACUAUGCUACGGUGGUGCCAAUUUGAUUACACAGUUCUGUGAAAAAGGCUUAGGCACAUAUAAAUAGCUAGGGUGCCUAAGACUUUUGCCCAGCACUGUAGUAGUUUUAUGUAUUGUACUCUACUGCUGCCACAAAAAAAAACAAUUUCAUGACAUGUGAGUGAUGAUAAACCUGAUUCUGAUAUGGGUCUCCAUUGUGGGCUGAGA